AUGUCUUUUAUUAACAAUGACAGCGACAGUGACACUUUCGUAGACGCUGAAGAUACUUUUUAUGAUUCCAAUGGACGACCUAUGGAAUUUCGUUAUUCCGCAGCGGUAGUAUCUUCAAAAAUCCGCGACGAAAAUGGGGAGAAGUUCUUAUUAGAGCGUAAGAAACCGAUAAAAGCUCGGAUACCGGUUAUUCCCGAGAUUUCUGUUACUGAUACCUCAUUAGGAGAUGGUGAUAGUACUUCAGUGUUGUUACCGAGUGAACCGGAACUAGAACCAGAAGAGGAAAAGAUUAUUGAAAAAGAGGUUGUUAUAUCCACUAAACGAAUAGAAAAAAAAGAUAUUUCUUCAAUUACACGAGCUCAAAAUCAUAAUCACACUGAGCAACAGGUGAUUGCUGGCAAUGAACCUGAGGUCACCGUUUACAUCAAAGAUCUGGACACGGGAAAAAACAUUCCAGUCACUGAUAUUGAAGAGGAGUUAAAGAAAUCAAAUAAGAACAGCAUUGAUCCGUUAUCCCUUCAUAUAUUGAAAAGAACCGGUACCGAUAGCGAAAUAAAUAGUCCUGUCGAUGAUGACGCGACACUACAAGGAAGUGGGAAUUGGGAUGGUUUGGUAAAGACAAAUCUCAAAAUGGGAAAUGAACCUGAAAGUUAUAGUGAUGGAGAACCACGUAGAAUAGAUAAAGAAAAUGGAAAAUCGCACAGACGCCCCAAGUCAUUUUUAAAUCGCCUUAAAAAGCGAACUACACGCAAUGAUAAAAUUGAUAAUGAGGAGGAAGGCGAUGAAAACGCAGUAACUGGCAAUACUGCACCUGUGUUUGAAUCACAGAGCGAAUAUGAACAAACACAACCACGUUAUAUAAAGGUGAGAACACGAUAUAAGGAUGUAAAAGAAUUCGAUCGUUUAUUCCUUGCGCAAGAGCUUUCCAGUCCCUUAUCAUCAAAAGCUCCUCAAUUCGACCAAUCUGAAGAAGAUGGUGGUGCAAUCUGGACAAUGAAAUUUAGCAAGGAUGGUAAAUUUUUGGCGACUGGAGGGAAAGAUUGGAUUGUUCGGGUUUGGGCAGUUAUUUCAAGUGAUGAAGAAAGAGAACAUUUUCUGGAAGGGUCCGGAACGAGUGUUUAUGAAGGUCAAAGCGGUUCGAAAUUGGGUGCACCCGUAUUUCGGGAUAAACCUAUGUAUGAAUAUGUUGGACAUCAAGCCGAUGUAUUGGAUUUGAGUUGGAGUAAGAAUAAUUUCUUAUUGUCUUCUUCGAUGGAUAAAACAGUCAGAUUAUGGCACAUUACGCGAAAAGAGUGUCUAUGCUGCUUUCAGCACACCGAUUUUGUUACAGCGAUUGCUUUUCAUCCAAAGGAUGAUCGAUUCUUUUUAUCUGGCUCAUUGGAUUGUAAAUUACGUUUAUGGAAUAUUCCAGAAAAAAAGGUUGCACACUGGAACGAACUUACCGACUCGCAUUUAGUUACCGCUGUUGGUUUCACAGUUGAUGGAAAAAUAGCAGUUGCCGGAAGCUUCACCGGUUUAUGCUUAUUCUAUGAAACGGAUGGUCUUGUAUAUAAUACACAAAUACAUGUGCGUAGUUCUCGUGGACGAAAUUCAAAAGGAAAAAAGAUUACAGGGAUUGAGGCAAUACCAGGAACACUUCCUGGUCAAGAUAAGUUACUUAUUAGUUCCAACGAUUCUCGUAUACGGUUAUAUAACAUGCGUGACAAAUCAUUGGAAUGUAAAUAUAAGGGCUUAGAGAACACUUGUAGCCAAAUUCGCGCUACGUUUAGCGAUGAUGGUCGCUUUAUAAUUUGUGGGUCAGAAGAUCGUCAUGUGUACGUGUGGAAUACAGAUCAAUCGAGCCUAAAUUCAACAAACGGAGCUGGCGGCGGAAAAUGGCUUAAAAAGGACAAAUGUGGUUUCGAAGCAUUUGAGGCGCAUUCACAUAUAGUAACGGUAGCUAUAUUUGCACCAACGCGUACAAAACAAUUGAUUGCGAUGACUGGUGAUCCGAUUUUCGCUCGUACCUUGAAUGUUGACGCUAAUGGAAACGCCAUUCCUCCAACCAGUCAAACCUACCCAGAUGGAAAUAUUAUAGUUUGUGCCGAUCAAACUGGUAGCAUAAAAAUAUUUCGUAACGAUUCAUCAUAUUAUCCUAAAAAAGAUCUGGAUUCUAUUUCAACGCGUAGCACGCGUUCAUGGAAUUCCUCGUUAGGCGGUUUUCUGUCCCGAACAAGUAGACGACGCCGAUUGAGUGACGUCUCAAGCCUAUAUUCAAUUAGUACAUCCAGUGCAUUGAGUGUUGACGCCGCUACUCAUGAAGCUCCUAGUGGUGACGAGGAAAUGCAAUGUGAUGGAUGCGGAUCUACGGAAUUUAGAGCUUUUUUCGCUAAAACGCUAACAGAGGGUAAAUCUGCUCAAAAAUCAACAUUAGUCUGCGCAAAUUGCGGGAAAAUGGGGGUUAUUGCUGACUGA